AUGAAGAUGACUGGAUGUGGAAGCUGUGGCAUGUACACGAUCAUGGAGGGGGUACCUGAAAAGAGUUUCGUCUGCAUGAAGUGCCGCCUGAUAGAGCUGAUGGAAGAAAAGAUCCGAGGAUUGGAGAUGCAGCUAUCUGCUUGCAAAAUAUCUGGUCGCGGAAAGGGGCUGGGUAAGGUAGGUGCUAAGAGGCACCGUAAGGUCUUGCGAGACAACAUCCAGGGUAUUACGAAGCCGGCGAUCCGCCGCUCGGCUCGCCGCGGUGGGGUGAAGCACAUCUCGGGGCUGAUCUACGAAGAGACCCGCGGGGUGCUGAAGGUUUUCCUGGAGAACGUGAUCUGCGAUGCGGUGACCUAUACCGAGCAUGCCAAGCGGAAGACGGUGACGGCAAUGGAUGUGGUGUAUGCCCUGAAAUGCCAGGGGCGCACCCUGUAUGGUUUCGGGGGCUGA